AUGCUUGUUUUUAGUUGUGGCAAUCACUCGCAACAGUGACAAGAAGGUUUACAUCAUAUGUUAAAUUCCAUUUCGCCAAGAUGAGGAUGAAUAUAACAUCUGCAGCUGGAGUAAUAUCAUUACUGGAUGAACCAGAGCCCCAGCUUAAGGUGUUUGCCCUUGAAAAGCUAAACAAGAUUGUGGGAGUGUUCUGGGCUGAGAUUUCUGAAACAGUGGACAAAAUAGAGGUAUUGUAUGAGGAUGAGACCUUUAAAUUCCGUGAACUGGCUGCUCUGGUUGCCUCAAAGGUCUACUACCAUUUAGGGGCAUUUGAGGAAUCGCUGACAUAUGCCCUGGGGGCUGGUGAUCUGUUCGAUGUUAAUGAUACAUCUGAAUACGUGGAAACAAUCAUUGCUAAGUGUAUAGACUUCUACACCAAACUGAGGGUGAGCAAUGCUGAGGCUCAGGAAGAUGAACAAAAGCCGAUUGAUCCACGACUUGAGGCCAUUGUCAACAGGAUGUUUCAGCGCUGUUUUGACGACAGGCAGUUUAAACAGGCUGUGGGUAUUGCCCUGGAGACCAGAAGGAUAGAUCUGUUUGAAAAUGCAAUCCUCAAAUCAGAUGACAUCAAUGCCAUGCUAUCAUACAGUCUCAAAGUGUGCAUGGCCCUGAUUCAGAAUCGUCAGUUCAGGAACACAGUGUUAAGAGUGCUGACCAAGCUGUACAUGAACCUAGACACAGCUGAUUACAUCAAUGUCUGUCAGUGUUUCAUCUUCCUGGAUGACCCUGUGGCAGUGUCGGACAUCUUGGAGAAGCUGGUCAAGGGGUCAGAGGAGACAGCUCUGAUGGCGUUCCAGAUUGGGUUUGAUCUCUACGAGAGUGCCACCCAGCAGUUUCUUCUGAAGGUCCAGGCUGCCAUACGUUCAGCGGCUCCACGACCCUUUCCUUCUAAAACGGAGAAGCCCACAGAGACGGCCACGCCUGUCAAGGAGGAAAAAGAAACUGCCAUGGAGACUGAUGCAGAUCAGCCGGAGUCUUCGGCCACACCUGCCCCUGCUGUGGAGGUGAAAACAGAACCACUGAGUGAAGAAGAGCAGACACUUCAGGACAGACUUGUCAAACUCCACACAAUCCUGGGAGGGGAGACAACCAUUGCACUUCAUCUACAGUUUCUCAUAAGGAAUAACAAGACAGAUAUGCUCAUUUUAAAAAAUACAAAGGAUGCUGUGAGGAACUCAGUUUGCCACACUGCCACAGUUAUAGCCAACUCUUUCAUGCACUGUGGUACAACGUCUGAUCAGUUUUUGCGAGAUAAUUUAGAAUGGCUGGCAAGAGCAACAAACUGGGCCAAAUUCACAGCGACAGCAAGUUUAGGAGUGAUACAUAAGGGCCAUGAAAAAGAAGCAUUAAACUUGAUGUCCACAUACCUGCCCAAAGACACGGGUCCCGGCUCUGCGUACUCUGAGGGUGGGGGAUUGUUUGCUCUGGGCCUGAUACAUGCCAACCAUGGAGGGGAGAUGACAGACUACCUGCUGAACCAGCUCAAGGAAGCCUCCACAGAUAUGGUUCGCCAUGGUGGGUGUUUAGGGCUUGGAUUAGCAGCAAUGGGGACAGCUAGGCAAGAUAUUUAUGAACAGCUGAAGUUCAACCUGUAUCAAGAUGAUGCUAUAACAGGUGAAGCAGCAGGCCUUGCUAUGGGACUUGUCAUGGUUGGCACAAAGUCAUCUACAGCUAUAGAAGACAUGGUGGCUUAUGCCCAGGAAACUCAGCACGAGAAGAUCCUGCGUGGCCUGGCAGUGGGUAUUGCGCUGACCAUGUAUGGGCGUAUGGAGGAGGCGGACGCACUCAUUGAGAGCUUGACGCGAGACAAAGACCCGAUCCUCCGCUGGUCUGGCAUGUACACGAUUGGUAUGGCGUACUGCGGCUCCGGCAAUAACCAGGCCAUCCGCAGGCUGCUUCAUGUGGCGGUCAGUGAUGUGAAUGACGAUGUCAGGCGGACUGCAGUUACCUCCCUUGGAUUCCUCCUGUUCAGGACCCCAGAGCAGUGCCCCAGUGUGGUCUCCCUUCUCUCAGAGAGCUACAAUCCCCAUGUCCGUUAUGGAGCAGCCAUGGCUCUGGGCAUUGCCUGUGCGGGAACUGGCCUCAAGGAAGCCAUUUCGCUCCUGGAGCCCAUGACAAAUGAUCCAGUGAAUUAUGUCCGGCAAGGAGCUCUGAUUGCAUCUGCUCUCGUCCUUAUUCAGCAGAAUGAGAUCACCUGUCCUAAGGUGAACCAUUUUCGGCAGCUGUACUCGAAGAUUAUAGCUGACAAACAUGACGACAUCAUGGCCAAGUUUGGCUCCAUCUUGGCCCAGGGUAUCAUUGAUGCAGGUGGCAGGAAUAUGUCCAUGGCCCUGCAGUCAAGGACGGGUCAUACCAACAUGGAGGCAGUGGUGGGGGUGCUGGUGUUCUGUCAGUUCUGGUAUUGGUUCCCCCUCACACAUUUCCUCUCCCUGGCCUUUACGCCUACCUGUAUUGUUGGCCUCAACUCGGACCUUCAGAUGCCAAAGUGUGAACUAAGGUCUAAUGCAAAACCAUCAACAUUUGCAUACCCACCACCACUUGAGGAAAAGAAAGACAAGGCCCGUGAAAAAGUGGAGACAGCUGUGCUGAGUAUCACCGCAAAGCAGAAGAAAAAAGAGGCUGAAAAGAAAGAUAAAGAUGAGAAAAUGGAAGUUGAUGAUGAAAAGAAAGAUGAAGGAAAAGAGAAGUCUGAUGUGAAGAAGGAAGGGUCUUCAGUGAAGACUGAAGACACAAAAGAUGUGAAGAAGGAGGAUGUCAAAAAGGAAGAGGAGAAAAAAGAUGACAAGAGAGAUGACAAGAAAGAAGAGAAGAAGGAAGAGAAAAAAGAGCCAGAGCCUUUGUUUGAAAUGCUACAGAACCCAGCUCGGGUGAUGAGAUCUCAGCUCCGUGUUAUCUGCAUGCCUGAUGAUGGCAAGUACACUCCGAUGAAAGAUCCAAGUAUCGGAGGCAUUUUAAUGCUGAAGAACAAGAGGCCCAGAGAAGCAGAAGAGAUCGUAGAGAACGUUGCUGCCGGAGGUCCCAAGGUUGAGGAAGAGGAGGAGCCGGAACCCCCGGAACCUUUUGAAUGGACAGAGGAUUGAGGAUAGCAUCAGCUGCUUAUUGAGGAAGAGAACCAACUGACUACAACAGAAAGUCUCUGUGAUGAGGGAGAGAACUUUUACGGAAGCUGAGUUGCCUCCCUUGAAUUUCCAUCAUUUUAGCAUGCUAGUUUAUCCUACGGAAAGAAUGAAAUAAAGCUAUUUGAAAUGCAUGUACUGGUAAAGAUGUAAUAAAUUACAAUUUCGUUUGUUGGAACAACGUGCAGUGUAAUCUUCCUGUUAGAGCUUUGUCAUGCCGUAAAGUUAGUUGUAUUCCAAGUUAUUUCAUGAAACUACUUGUGUGAUGGGAGUUCCGUAAUUUAUGUACCAAAAAAUACACCCCCCAAAAAACGGACAAAACUGAAAUAAAA